AGAUCAGAAGCGGGGAAUUAUGUCAUUUCGUCAAAGGAAUGAAUUCAAAAGGACUUCUUUGGGGGACUGAUUGACAGCAGAACUUGGGAAAGAGCGUAUAUAAAGGAAAGAGCUGCUGCUGCUGCCUCAAAGCCAGGAAGAGAACCUCAUUCACAGGAGACAGAGUCUGCCCACUGGAGACGACUUCGUGCCGGUGCUUUACUUUCAAGAAAUUCAACUCAUCUUUUGGGGGAUUUGACUGGGAACAUUAAAAUCACAGAUCAUCAGGAGAGACUUUGAUUUUUCUCAGGAGUUAUGCUACAGAGAAGCAGAAUUUUGUGGCUUUCUGUCCUACUAGCUUUGUGGACUUCCUUACAGACUCAAGAUGUUGACAAGGAAGAUGACACUUCCUUCGAUCUAUUUGAAAUCAGUAACAUAAACCGGAAGACAGUCGGGGUCAAGCUGUUCCGAGGGCCAGUGACCAACUUCCCCACCUAUCGCUUUAUCCGUUUCGACCACAUCCCCCCGGUCAAAGCAGAGAUCCUGAAGAAGAUGAUUAAGAUGUUGCGACAAAAUGAUGGCUUCAUCCUCACGGCCACUCUGCGGCAGGACAGGCAAUCCAGGGGCACCAUCCUGGCUCUGGAGGGCCCCGGAGUGUCCGAGAGGCAGUUUGAGAUAGUGUCUAAUGGCCGGGCCAACACGCUGGACUUCAUUUAUUGGGUGGAUGGGGCCCAGAAUGUGAUUUCCUUGGAGGAUGUUGACCUCGCCGAUUCUCAGUGGAAGAACAUCACAGUACAAGUGACAGGGGAGAGCUUUAGCCUGCACGUGGGCUGUGACCUCAUUGACAGCUUCAUUCUGGAGGAGCCAUUCUAUGAGCAGCUGAAAGCUGAGAAUAGUAGAAUGUAUGUGGCGAAAGGGUCCAUCCGAGAGAAUCAUUUCAGGGGCUUACUUCAGAAUGUUCGCUUAAAUUUUGAAACUUCUUUGGAAGACAUUCUAAACAAGAAAGGAUGUCAGCGAAGUCAGACAGCUGAAGUGAACACCAUCAACGAGAGUACUGAAGUCCUCCACCUGACUCCUGAAGUCAUCACGGAGUUCGUUGACCAAAAACCAGAGAAAAAGGUUGAGUUUUGUGACCAUUCCUGUGAGGAGCUGGGUAACAUGUUUACGGAACUCAGAGGCCUCCGCAUUGUAGUGAGCAAUCUUGGCGAAAACCUGCAGAAAGUGUCGGAGGAUAAUCGGAUUCUCUGGGAAUACAUUGGCUCUGUCCCAAAAUUCAAGAACCAGACAUUCUGCUGGCAAGACGGCCGGGCUUUCGAGGACAAUGAACAGUGGGUUGUAGACAGCUGUACCAAGUGCACAUGCCAGUAUUCCAAAAUUGUCUGCCACAAAAUCACCUGCCCAGCAGUCGCUUGUGCCAAUCCAUUCUUCGCUGAAGAUGAAUGCUGUCCUACAUGCGUCCACUCCAAAGACGGUGAAGAAGGUUGGUCCCCUUGGUCAGAAUGGACAGAAUGCUCUGUCACAUGUGGUUCAGGAACCCAGCAGAGAGGAAGGUCAUGUGAUGUCACCAGCAAUGCCUGUAUCGGCCCGUCAAUCCAGACAAGGAUGUGCAGCCUUGGAAAAUGUGACAAUCGCAUUCGGCAAAAUGGUGGCUGGAGCCACUGGUCUCCUUGGUCUUCGUGUUCUGUUACCUGCGGGAUUGGCAAUAUCACACGCAUCCGUCUCUGCAAUUCCCCAAUCCCUCAGUUGGGUGGAAAAAACUGUAAAGGAAAUGGGCGGGAAACCAAGGCGUGCGAAGGACCCCCCUGUCCCAUUAAUGGUCGUUGGAGCCCGUGGUCUCCCUGGUCUACCUGUUCAGUUACCUGUGCUGGAGGUAUCCGUGAGAGGUCUCGCCUCUGCAAUAAUCCUGAGCCACAGUACAGUGGAAAGGACUGUGUAGGAGAUGUCAAGGAACAUCAGAUGUGCAACAAACAGGACUGUCCAAUUGAUGGCUGCUUGUCAAACCCUUGCUUCCCCGGAGCAGAAUGCAGCAGUUUUCCUGACGGAUCCUGGUCCUGCGGCCCAUGCCCUGUUGGCUAUCUUGGGAAUGGCACUGUCUGUGAGGAUCUUGACGAGUGCACCGUUGUCACAGAUAUUUGCUUCAAGUCAAACAACGUUCAUCGUUGUGUGAACACCAACCCUGGAUUCCAUUGCCUGCCAUGUCCCCCACGCUACAAAGGAAGCCAGCCUGUCGGAGUUGGACUAGAGGCAGCCAGAGUAGAAAAACAAGUGUGUGAACCUGAGAAUCCUUGCAAGGACAAGACUCACAACUGCCACAAGCAUGCCGAAUGCAUAUACCUGGGGCACUUCAGUGACCCCAUGUACAAGUGUGAAUGCAAGACUGGAUAUGCAGGGGAUGGGCUCAUCUGUGGGGAAGAUUCAGAUCUGGACGGUUGGCCCAAUAAUAACCUGGUCUGUGCUACCAAUGCCACUUAUCACUGCAUUAAGGAUAAUUGUCCACAUCUACCUAAUUCUGGACAAGAAGAUUUUGACAAAGAUGGAAUUGGUGACGCGUGUGAUGAAGAUGAUGACAAUGAUGAUGUAGAUGAUGAGAAGGAUAAUUGCCCUCUGUUGUUCAAUCCACGCCAGUUUGAUUAUGACAAGGAUGAGGUCGGAGAUCGUUGUGAUAACUGCCCCUAUGUGCACAAUCCUGCUCAGAUUGACACAGACAAUAACGGGGAAGGCGAUGCCUGUGCUGUGGAUAUCGAUGGGGAUGAUAUUUUCAAUGAGCGAGACAACUGUCCCUACGUCUAUAACACUGACCAGCGGGACACUGAUGGUGAUGGAGUAGGGGAUCACUGUGACAACUGCCCCUUAGUGCAUAAUCCUGAUCAGAGUGAUGUGGAUAAUGACCUCGUUGGAGACCAGUGUGAUAACAAUGAGGACAUAGAUGAAGAUGGUCAUCAAAACAACCAAGACAAUUGCCCCUACAUCUCCAAUGCCAAUCAGGCAGACCACGACAGUGAUGGGAAAGGAGAUGCCUGUGAUUCUGAUGAUGACAAUGAUGGCAUUCCAGAUGACAGGGACAACUGUCGUCUGGUGUUCAAUCCCGACCAGGAAGAUUUAGAUGGUGACGGACGAGGUGAUAUUUGUAAAGAUGAUUUUGACAAUGACAGCAUCCCAGAUAUUGAUGACGUAUGUCCUGAAAACAAUGCCAUUAGUGAGACUGACUUCAGAAAGUUCCAGAUGGUCCAUCUCGAUCCCAAGGGCACUACUCAAAUCGACCCCAACUGGGUUAUUCGCCACCAGGGCAAGGAACUGGUGCAGACUGCCAACUCUGAUCCGGGCAUUGCUGUGGGUUUCGACGAGUUUGGCUCUGUCGACUUCAGCGGCACGUUCUACGUCAAUACAGAUCGUGACGAUGACUAUGCUGGGUUUGUGUUCGGAUACCAGUCCAGCAGCCGGUUUUAUGUGGUGAUGUGGAAGCAGGUCACCCAGACUUACUGGGAGGACAAACCCACCAGGGCUUAUGGCUACUCUGGUGUAUCCCUCAAAGUGGUGAACUCCACAACUGGAACCGGAGAACAUUUGAGGAAUGCUCUAUGGCACACGGGAAAUACAGAUGGACAGGUGAGAACCUUGUGGCAUGACCCAAAAAAUGUAGGCUGGAAGGAUUACACAGCCUACAGGUGGCAUCUAACCCACAGACCCAAAACAGGCUACAUAAGAGUAUUAGUGCAUGAAGGGAAACAGGUCAUGGCAGACUCUGGACCAGUUUAUGACCAGACUUAUGCUGGUGGACGAUUAGGUCUCUUUGUCUUCUCUCAAGAAAUGGUCUUCUUCUCUGACCUCAAAUAUGAAUGCCGAGAUGUCUGAACUGUGGUUGCCGCAUUGUCAGCAAAGUCCUGUUCAGGCUGUGCUUAUUGGAUGCCUCGGCACUCCCUGGUAUUUCCAGCCUUUCUCUGUGCCCUUCUGCUCCUUUUCUUAGUUUGUCUUUUCCUCUGAGUGAAUUUCCCCUCUCUCCUCCCUGGAGCCAUUCAGUCAGACCCAAUGCCUUUUGAGAACUCAUACCUAUGGAUCCAAACUGUUGAGUGUCCGACCUUCUCUAGAAGGAAA